AGAAUGGAAAGAAGUUGUGUUGGGGAAUUUUGAGUCUUGUGUGAAGGGAAAGACUUUGGUGUUGUGAUGGGAAAGUAGUUUGAGCUGGGGUUUGAGGGAAAACAGAAUAAACCGAAAUUUCGGAAGCGCUGGAAUAAAGGAGACUUUGAUUUUCAAACGUUUUUUUUUUCUUUCAUCAGUAAAACUCUUCAGGGAAUCUACAAAAGUUUUGUGUGUUCCCGCUUUAUUGUUUGUUAAAAGGAUUUUUGUUUGUUUGUUUUGGAUUGAAAGAAAGUGCUGAAGUUCUGACGCUGCAGCAUUAAAGCUUACACCUUUUAUCUUUCUUUUUUUUUAUUUCGUGCCUUUUUUCCUUUUCGAAACCAGAAAACGAGAACUUGGAAGAGGAAAGACUGAUCUAAAUAAGAAAGGGGACUCGAGCCAAGAACACACAUCUGUCUCAGGCGCCCGUGUGUAACGUUAUGUCUCUGGUGGGAAUGUUUAUGGAGAUGCGCUGACGCGAUAUUCACACAGAGAUACUGAGUUACAUCCGGACAACAAAGGAACCGAAUCGGACCGAAAAAUGGAUUUCUAUAAAAUAAAUCUGCUUUUUGUGGGUUUUGCGGCAGUGAUACACAUCAUAUCUUUCGCAGCUGUCUCAGGGUUGCAAUUUAAGCACAGCCCAGGGAAUAUAACCUCAUCCCUGGGGAAGCCAGUGGAGAUGCAGUGUGUGUUGAUGAUGGACGAAGGUGAUGAAGAAUAUGAGGGCCCUCCAGACGUUCAGUGGUUCAAACAAGGGCAGCCGCUCGAGUUCUCCGACACCAACCAAGUGCAGAUGCCCUUUGAUGACGACACGUGGCUCGUCAUCAGUACACUUCGGAUUGCAAAGGUGCAGCUGUCAGACAUGGGGGCCUACCACUGCUCAGUAAUCGUUGAGGACGAUGAGACAGUGUCCAUGGAAGGACACCUUCAACUGGAAGGUCUUCCACAUUUCUCUGUUGAACCCAUCCACAUGUCUGUAGUGGCAAAUGCGAACCUGAGUCUGCUGUGCGUUGCUCAUGGGCCUCCUGAACCAGUCCACAUCAUUUGGCUUCAGGAUGGAGCCCCUCUCAAUACACUGGAAGACCCUAUAGCACUGUCUCCAUCCAGGCUCAACCUCACAGGACUCAACAAAACGAGCUCGUUUUCCUGCGAAGCUCAUAAUCGGAAAGGUGUAGCAUCAUCCAGCUCUGGAGUAAUAACGGUCCUCCCUUCCCAGCCACAGGAUGUUAAGGCUGUGGAGAUCACUAACUCCAGCAUUCGUCUGUCCUGGUCCCCAGGCUUUGCAGGAAUGUACACCAUCAAUCUGUGCACAGUUCAGGUUAAGACAUCAGGAGAGGACUUCAUCUCUAAUCCAGAUCACAUGAUUCACAACCAAAAUGUUAACAUUCCACCUGUCAGUUACCUAAUCGCCGACCUAAGACCUUUCACCCAAUACGACGUCAGAUUGGCCUGCCGGAGCAGCGAGGGGAUCUCUGAUUGGACCCCGUGGAUGAACUUCAGCACCAAUGAAGGAGUUCCAGACAGUGCACCAGUGAACAUCACUACCGUGUUGAACGGGACAGAGUUGCUGAUCAGCUGGGCCGAGCCUGAAGGCGAGAUUAAUGGAGAGCUACAGGGUUACAUGAUCGAGUACAGUACACCCAAUAUGGAACAGGUUGCAUUGGACAUAGGAAUGUUAAAGGAGCUGUCUGUUAACGUGUCACAGUCCUUACCAAACAUCACCUUCAGGCUGCGUGCCUACACGGGAGCAGGAUACGGACCAUGGACCCAGAUGCAGACACUGUCUCUCAUUCCUGCAGACGUUUCUCGUUCAACAGGUCAACCCUCAUCUCCAGUUUUGUCCUGGCACUGGUGGUACGUGGUCAUGGCUGUGGCGGUAGCUAUAGGUCUAGCAGUGCUCAUGGCUAUAUAUAUGGCCAAACUUCGGAGGAAAGAAACACGUUUUGGUGAGGCGUUUGAGCCCAUGAUGGAGAGCGGAGAGCUGGUGGUUCGGUAUCGGGCCCGUCGCACCUACAGCCGGCGCACCAAUGAAGCCACAUUGAACUCGCUGGGCAUCAGUGAUGAACUCAAACAGAAGCUGCAAGACGUGAUGGUGGACAGACACAAACUAACACUGGGAAAAACACUUGGCGAAGGUGAGUUUGGCUCUGUUAUGGAAGGCCUGCUGACUCAAGAGGACUCAGUCCUUAAAGUAGCAGUCAAGACGAUGAAGAUUGCUAUUUGUACACGCACUGAGAUGGAGGACUUUCUAAGAGAAGCAGCCUGUAUGAAGGAGUUUGACCAUCAGAAUGUCAUGAGGCUGCUGGGAGUGUGUUUGCAGACUGUAGAGAGUGAAGGUUUUCCCUCUCCUGUGGUGAUUCUGCCCUACAUGAAACACGGUGACCUGCACAGCUACCUACUCUACUCAAGACUGGGCGACUCCCCUGUAUAUCUACCAUCUCAGAUGCUGGUGAAGUUCAUGACCGAUAUCGCUCGAGGAAUGGAGUACCUGAGCAGCAAGAACUUCAUCCAUAGAGACCUGGCAGCACGUAACUGCAUGUUAAACGAGAACAUGAACGUGUGCGUUGCUGACUUCGGGCUCUCCAAGAAGAUUUACAACGGUGAUUACUACAGACAGGGCCGCAUCUCAAAAAUGCCUGUCAAGUGGAUUGCGAUUGAAAGCCUGGCGGACAGAGUUUACACCACCAAGAGUGAUGUGUGGUCCUUUGGCGUUACGAUGUGGGAAAUCGCUACACGUGGUCAGACUCCGUACCCCGGUGUGGAGAACAGUGAGAUUUACGAUUAUCUGAGACAAGGCAACCGCCUAAAACAGCCUCCGGACUGCCUGGACAGCAUAUACUCCCUGAUGUUCUCCUGCUGGCUGCUCAGUCCGAAGGACCGUCCGAGCUUUGAAGUCUUGUGUUGCCAACUUGAGAAAGCCUUGGAAGAGCUUCCUGACCCGCAAGAUCCUGACGAGAUCCUCUAUGUCAACAUGGAGGAGUCAUCAGGAGAGCUGGGGGCUGUCGGGGGACGAGAUCCCAACAUAGCCGGUGGCAUGUGCUCUUUGGGCCCAUUAAAGGGCACAGAAUCAGUCGCGACAGCAGAGAUUCACCCGCCAGGCCGCUACGUCAUCUGCCCGCAACACGAGAACCAGCGCCUGCUCAAUGCAGAUUCAGUAGAAAGCCUUAAUAUCUCAGGCUCGACGCCGACUUUAGUACUCCAACCCUCCACUCGCUCAACUCCUGUGCCAACAUCUGAGAUGAACACUUCUGAGGACAGAGAUGGUCCGGGGAGCAAGCGAAUAAUGUGGUAGUGACUUGUAAACUGAAUGAGAGACUGUGCAGCCUAAUCCCUUAGGUUGGAGAAGGAUUCAGUUAGAGAUUUGUUCCUUGUCCCAUUGUUUAUAAUUUCCAAUUUUUUUCUUUUUAUGGAAGCACACACUUCUCCUGACAUUCCAGAAACAGGCGUUGUUCUUGUACGUGUAUCACAUCCAGUGUUUCUCCGAACUGAUAAUGCUUGGAGUAAGGUUCGACCGUAAAUUAGAUGUUGAGGUUAAAGAUAGCAACAAAGUGCAAGCUUCAUUUAAAAGGACAAUUUCACACCAAGACUGCUGACACACAAACAUCUACCUGUUAAAAGUAAAAGCCAUUCGGGGAGAAAAAAAAAUAAUAAAGCUAAAUGGUGGCAUUAACCUUUAUCGGGGAAGAAAGCUGAACCUGAUAAGCUAGCAUAGUUAAAGAAGUACAACAUGUGAAUCAAGUAUUAGGAGGUCCUCAGGAGAUACUAGCCUUCAGGACAUUUAUUAAUAAUGUGUAAAUGUCUUGAGAGCUGCUUUGCCAGCACAUCACUGCCAUGUGUAUGUGGGAGAGAAUCAAAAAUAUUGGUGCCUGUUUUUUUGAUUUUAGGAAAGCAUUCGAUUCCACUUGCGUGUGUGUGUGUUUUUUUAACUGUAUGCCUUGUUCAGAUCUCUUCAAUUGAACAUUUCCAAAGACUGUUACAUGAGCCAACAUGAAGCACUUCUGGCUUUCUAUACAAGCCAUAGGCAGAAAAUACUAAGUGAAAAGUUGAAAAGUUGGAGAAAAAUAGUUAUUUUACACCAUCUAUGUUUGUCAUGUAUAGGGGUUUGCUCUGAAGUACAACAAAACCAAAUCCUCUGUCUAAUUUUGGACACCAUCAGAAGACAUUCUGCCAUUAUGGAAUCAAUACACACGUUAUUCAAAAGGUACUAGGGUUUUCUAACAUGUCAUGUCUGAAACCAGUUUUAUGGUUUCUGUAAAUGUGGUUAACAUGGGGUGUUCCAAAUCAGGGCACUAGGUAAGAAUUGGUUAGAACAUUAACAUUAACACCGGGCCAGGUACUGCCAUGGUUCAGCAGAGCCUUGACUCAAGCACAGUAUUAUUUGUGUUUGUUUUUCUGUUUUGUAUAUAUGAAAUCUUUGCACUAAUCAUUUCCAACACGUUUUUUUUUUUAAUUUGUUUUGUGUGUAUUUGUUUUUCUAUUACUUUUAGCCGAUUUGUUCGUUCAGCUCACUUCUUAGCGCAGAUGGUUAAAAUUAAAUCAUUUGAAGAAUUUUGUCACUGAUAGUAUUGAAAAUACCAAAAUUGUAACAUUUUUUUCGUUUGUUAUACAAAAUAUGUUUUAGAAAUCAAAGAAUGUAUGUUUUUAGAUAAACUUUAUGGUACGGAUGAACUGCAUUUUCUUUAACAACGUUAUCUCACACAUAAUGUUCCAACAACUUUAAACAUAAACCCAUAUUGAAUUAUGUGAAUUUGUAUGAAGAUUAUGUCUACUACAUAAAUACACCUUAGGUUGUGUUUCAUCUAGGUCCAUUAUACACACCAAGCCGUCCACGUGUCCUUAACUGUCAUGGUCUGUCAUAUUUGCCUACAGUACAUCCAAUGAUUUUUCCCCAAUAAAAUUAAAAGUGUCUUUUUUUUUAAAUCUAGAUCACUUUUGAUGAAACUUUACCGUCAGUUAUAAAAGUCAUAAGCUGUGCAUACUUUGGUACGAAAAUAUGAUAUUGCAUCUAUAUUUACAUACACAUGUGAGCAAGACAGUUCAAAGUGCCUUGGGAAAGCCAGUAUUUUACCUUAAGAUAGUUCAUUAAUAUGUAGCAUUAGGCAUUUUUGUCUAGAAAAUAUUAAUGUUGCUCUUAUGGUUGUUUUGUACGAUUUUGAUACGCUUUUAUAUGUAAUAAAUGCUAUCUGCACAAAUUAUAAA